AGACAUCUGUUUACUUUGUCUGUCUGUUGCUGUGUGUUUGAAUGUAAAUUAUUGACUAUACGGUGUUUUAUGUUAGAAAAUGCUGACAUAAAUAUCAACAGUGAAAAUUUGAGAUUUAAUAUUUUGUUGAAAACGAAGAUUUCAGUGCUUACUAAGAUAUAUGUAUAUAUAUGAGUCAUGAUUGAUAUUACAGUAGAUGAUUUUGAUUGUGAAAACGAUGAUUUCUUUGCUGAUGCAUUACAAAGUAUACCUGAUGAUUUAAUGACAGCAAAUACUUCAACUCCUAUAAAAAAUAGUAAUAAAUUUGGAAAUUGUUCUGUAAAUAUAUCCUUUAAUGACUGUAAUGUACUUCAGCAAGAUAGUUUUAAAAGUUUGUCAAGUAGCACUGAGAUGAACUCUGCAAAUGCAUACAAAAUUCAGGAAAAUUUUGGAAUCUCAGAAUUUGUUGCAAAAAAGAAUAACUUAAGCAGUAAUUGCACUGAGCUUGAGAAUGAAUCAAAUGAGAAAACUCUUUUAAUUAACAAGAGAUUCAUUCCUGGCUUUACUCCCAAAGCAAAAAAACGUAAAUUUCCAGGGCCUGCUGGUCUCUUAUCAGAAGAGAUCAAGGAAUCUGGGAAACAGGUGUUUGGGACAUCAGAUACUAAUCGUAAUAAUCAAAUGCUUUCAAAUUCUGAAAAAGAAUUAGAGAAUAUUAUCAUCUCAAUUCUCUCCAGAAGAAUUACUGCUUCCUUCAUGGAAAACACUGCAAACAGAAGUUUCUUCGUGCCCUAAUUUAUUAGCCACUGCAAAACAUUACAGCAUUCGAAGAGGUCUUUGUGAAUCUUGCAAGCUGAAAUUGCCUAAAUACAUAGUUGUCCCUAUUCUUUGUGUCUUAAUAAGGCAUAUUAAUUACAAAGAUACAUCUGCAACACUGAUGCUAUUGGAUGAUACAGAUGAAAUUAAGGGAUCAGUAGAUGAUGAAGUUGUGAAUACAUACAAAGAACACCUGCAAGCAGGUACUGCUCUAAUAUUGAAAAAUGUCACAUUCUUAUUUAAUGUCUUAAUAUUAAAGAAAUCCAACAUUGUUUCAAUUUACCUUCCUAAUGGCAAAUCUAACCAUAUAGAAGACUGGUGUUCUGUCAUCUUAGAGAGCUCAGAAAAUCGGGAAUAUUUGAGGAUAUCAAAUGAAAUAAGCUCAGAUCAUAGACCAGUUCUCACUGAUAAUUUACAAACUCUCAUGCCUUCUGUAAUUCCUAAAGAGCAGUAUGGUUAUAAUGACAAAAUUAGCAGUUCCUUUUCUACAUCUCAAAAGCUGAAAAUACAAAUAGCAGAAUCAAAAGAGACUUUUCAAGUUUCUUCAAAUCCAAGAAGUACAAAAGCAGUAGCAGCCAAAAACAUACUCAAAGAUACAUCAUUGAACUGCGAUGAAAUGGAUGAUGACUUUGAUCAACUGUUUAGCACAUUAGAUGAAAAGUCUUUCCUUGAAGAAAUAUGAGAAAAUGUUAAAAGAAAUACUUCUCAAAAUUGGAAUUAAAAAAAAAAAUAUUUCGCAAAUGAUACAGAUAAAUUGUGUAUUAAGAAUUGUCUCCAAAAGCUGUGUAAUUUUAAAUAUUGUACAAUUUUUUGUAACCAUAGUUUAACUUAAAUGUAUUCUAUGUCAAAUAAAUAUGAUUCAUUUUGUACAAUUAACUGCAAAAAA